ACGGCACCAAACAUUAGGCGCCCAAAUGAGGAAAUCCUAUCUCACCAAACACUAGCCGCCCAAAUGAGGAAAUCCUACCUCCAGUACGAGGCUAAACUCCUCCGGAGCAAAAACCGAGACCCUCAAAGAUACUUACGCAACGAAAACCAAUAGCAUCAAGUUCUUCUCAGUUGUCGCAAGACUUCACGGGUGGCCAGCCAUGCUACUAAAUCCUAAUCUGCCGGGCUUGUGCUCCGGGGACAAUCAUUCCUCUCCCCAGUAGAGCUGCCGACACCACUGACCAGCACCACCAUCAAGCAGGUGAAAUGAAAACGAUCUUCUCUAUCUGAUUUCGAAUUGAAGUCCGUAGUUAAGCUACAAAGCAAGUACUGGUAAGUAGUCUACGCAAGAUACUGACGAGCUAAAUCAGUCCUAGGCGUCGCUUUCAAUAGUUUAUUAUGGAGGAGUUUGAAUGGCUCAUCAGGAUAAAUAUCUUCCUAGUUGUUGUUAAGAUCAUCUCACUAGAUGGUUUAACAUAGUUCCUAGAUAAAUUAUUAUGCUAGCACGUAGCAUAAAAGCUUCAAGGCAACUCCUAGACGUGUGCACCAGGCUCGGUAUCCCAAUCCCACUCCUAAUCUCAUGACCUGGAUGAGAGAGGGAGAUAAGAGAGAAUCUAUGCUGGAGGAUACGCCGCGCGACUGGAGGUUCCUUUUUCUUUCUGUAGCUUGAUCCUGCAAAAAACAAAACUUCGAGUUGCCAUUAUUAAACAAAACAUGAGACCCAAGUGUUGCAUUUAACAAACUACUGGCUUCGAGAUGCAUUAUCGAAGUAGUAUUCUUUAUUCUCCUGGCCUCGAUAUGCUGAUGGACGGUCUAAAAUUUCUGCAAAGUGCACAUGGUCUCCUUCUCCUUAGACUGGCUUCUCGUUGGUUGAUGAGAUGCAAAUCAAGAUAUUCAAAUCAGACGCAUCUGGACGAACGGCGUCAAUGCUCUGAGUCUUCAUUUUCCACAAAGCAGCUUCUCAAACCCAUUGUCUAGCUUCUCCCUCUCCACCCAAACAACCGUGUUUCCCUGUGUCCUGUGCGUGUGUUUUGGAGCUCCAGGCGUAGCCAUGGCUGAGGUACUGGCCACCAUGGUGGUCGGGCCGCUGGUGUCCAUGGUGAAGGAGAAGGCCUCCAGCUACCUCCUGGACCAGUACAAGGUGAUGGAGGGCAUGGAGGAGCAGCACGAGGUCCUCAAGCGCAAGUUGUUGCACAUCCUGGACGUCAUCAUGGACGCGGAGGAACAGGCAGCAGCCAAGAGAGAAGGGGCGAAAGCUUGGCUGGAGAAGGUCCGGAAGGUGACCUACCAAGCGAAUGAUGUCCUCGACGAGUUCAAGUACGAGGCGCUGCGCCGCAGAGCCAAGGAGGAGGGCCGCUACAAGGACCUCGGCAUGGAUGUAAUAAAGCUCUUCCCUACUUACAACCGUAUUGUUUUCCGUUACAUGAUGGCAAACAAGCUCCGUAUGAUCUUGCAAGAAAUUGAUGACCUCAUCAAAGAGAUGAAUGACUUUAGGUUCAUGCUCAAACCAGGGCCACCAGAGCCCACAAAUUACUUGAGGCAGAAUAAUUCUCAUAUCAUCGACCCUGUGAACAUUGCCAAAGAAUCAAGAGCCCGAGAGAAGAAGGAUGUUGUUGAUAGAUUACUUGCCCAAGCUAGCAGCUCGGAUCUCACGGUCCUUCCCAUCGUCAGAAUGGGAGGGUUGGGCAAGACCACCUUAGCGCAGCUCAUUUACAAUGACCCUGAAAUCAAGAAGCAUUUCCAGUUGCGGCUCUGGGUGUGUGUCUCUGAUAACUUUGAGGUGGAUUCCCUGGCUGAUAGAAUACUGAAAGAGAAUGGUUGUAAACCAACUGGUUGCUCAGCAUUGGAGAAGCUUCAAAAUGCAGUGAGUGGGAAGAGGUACCUACUCGUAUUGGAUGAUGUAUGGAACCGUGAUGAGCACAAGUGGGAAAGGCUUAAGUCCUACCUUCAGCAUGGUGGCAGUGGUAGCUCAGUGCUGACAACAACUCGUGAUGAAGCAGUUGCUAAACUAAUGAUGGGUAAAACUGAAGGAGCCUAUAAACUUGAAAGCUUGGGUGCAUACUUCAUAGAGAAAAUAAUCAAGACAAGAGCAUUCAGUUCAAAAGAAGAGGAGUGGCCUGGUGAACUAGUUAAAAUGGUCGGACAAGUUGCCAAGAGAUGUGCUGGCUCUCCUUUGGCUGCUACAGCAUUGGGCUCUUUACCGCGUACCAAGACCACCGAGGAAGAAUGGAAGUCUGUAUUAAGAAGAAGCUCGAUUUGCGAUGAGGAAAAUAAAAUUUUACCAGUACUCAAGCUCAGUUACAAUGGCUUGCCAUCACAUAUGAGGCAGUGCUUUGCUUUCUGUGCUAUGUUUCCAAAGGAUUAUGAGAUUGAUGUGGAAAUGCUGAUCCAAUUGUGGAUGGCUAAUGGUUUUAUCCUAGAGAAACAAGGAGAACGUCCUGAAAUUACUGGUAAAAAUAUUUUCAAUGAGCUGAAGUCGAGGUCAUUUUAUCAGGAUCUGAAGAGUGUCCCAUUUGAACAAAAAUAUGAUACUUUUGGACGGAUCAAGUAUACGUAUUGUUCUAAAAUUACUUGUAAGAUCCACGACCUUAUGCAUGAUGUUGCAGAAUCUUCUAUGGUUAAAGAAUGUGCCGCAAUAGCUACACACCCGAGCCAAAGUGAGUAUGCUCUUCAUUCUGCUCGUCAUUUGUAUUUAUCAGUGCGUCAACCAGAAAAUCUUCUGAAUGCUUCCGUAGAGAAAGAAUCUCCAGCUUUCCAAACAUUGAUAUGUGAUGGAUAUGUAAAAGAAGAUUUGAAGAUCUUAUCAAAAUACAACUCUAUCAGAGCUUUAAAGAUCAAACGAGGUUCAUUCCUGAGGCCAAAAUAUCUUCAUCACCUGAGGUAUCUUGAUCUCUCAGAAAGUGACAUUGAAGCACUCCCUGAAGACAUUAGCAUCCUAUAUCAUCUACAAACACUGGACCUUUCUUAUUGUGGUGAUCUUCAGCGACUUCCAAAGAAACUGAAGUAUUUGACUUCCCUCCGUCACCUCUAUACUCACGGAUGUAGAAAGUUGAAAAGCAUGCCCGGAGGGCUCGGACACCUCACUUCCCUACAGACACUUACAUGCUUUGUAGCAGGUACCGACUCCAGUUGCAGUAAUGUGAGAGAGCUGCAGGAUUUGGACCUCGGUGGUAGACUAGAGCUAAGACAGCUUGAAAAUGUCACAGGAGCAAAUGGUGCGCAAGCGGCAGGUCUUGGAAACAAGAAAAAAUUGACUGAACUGGAGUUAAGAUGGACUGAUGGUGAUCAGGAAGCACAAAAUAAUAAUCACGAAGAGGUGGUGGAAGGUCUCAAACCUCAUGAUGGGCUGAAGGUCCUGAGGAUAUAUUCCUGUGGGAGCAGUACUUUUCCAACGUGGAUGGAUAUGUUGAAUGGCAUGGUGGAGCUUAAGUUAUCUGGUUGCAAAAAGCUCGAGAAGCUUCCUGCACUCUGGCAAUUACCAGCUCUGGAAAUUCUUCACCUGAAAGGAUUGGAAAGUUUACAUUGUUUGUGUAGCGGCGCUGCUACAGCCGUCACAUUUCAGAAACUGAAGGUGCUUACCUUGGUUGAGAUGCCAAAAUUUGAGGCAUGGCUGGACACAGAUGUGGUACAAGGAGAAGGGCCAAUAUUUCCCGAGGUUGAGGAGCUGGAGAUCCGCGCGUGUGGAAGUUUGACUGCACUACCAAAAGCAGCAUCGGUGAUUACGGAAUCGUCUGGCGGAGUUGACACUAAGUUCCGCUCCGCAUUUCCAGCAUUGAGGAACAUGACGUUAAGAUAUUUGAAUAUGUUUGAUAGAUGGGAGGCAGCCGAAGGAACUCCAGGAGAAGAGGUAACAUUUCCUCUGCUGGAGGACUUGGAAAUUAUUGCCUGCCCGAAGUUGACUGGUCUCCCUGAAACACCCAGGCUAGGUAAAUUAGCCAUAGAAGGAGGUGGUCAACAAAUAUCCCUGCAGGCAGCUAGCAGAUGCAUUCCUUCGCUGUCCAGUCUGCGUCUGGAUGUGUCACCCGAUGACACGGAAACAACAUUGCUGCAUGUCAAGCAGAAAUGGGAUCAUGAACUCCCCCUGGCAGCUAUGAGGCUAACUAGGUGCGACCUUUUGUUCUCCUCCCACCCAGAUGCACUAGCGUUGUGGACAUGUUUUGCACGGCUUGUAGAUUUGACAAUUUUGAAUUGCGACGCUCUUGUCUACUGGCCAGAAAACGUGUUCCAGGUCCUGGUAUCCCUAAGGAGGUUAUCGAUUUGGAGCUGCAGCAAACUGACAGGACACACACAAGCUUCUGACAGGCAAUCUGCUCCAGAACGGGGUGGACUCCCGCCACGUCUGGAAUCUCUACAGAUAAGUGGUUGCACAUCUUUGGUGGAGGUCCCAAACCUGCCGGCAUCUCUCAAGACAUUAGAAAUUGCUGUAUGCGGUGAUAAUAUCAAGUUCAUCAUAUUCGGUCAGCAUGAGUAUACAGAGUUGUACAACGGUAGUGAGGCCACGGCGUCUACAGCUGUACUGAAGCUAUCAUCAGCAGACAACCAUCGCUCCCUUCCAUGCCUAGAAUCUCUAAGUAUACAGAGUUGCGAUCGUUUGUCAGAGGUUGCCAAUCUUCCUCCGUCUAUCAAGACCUUGGACAUUUUUGGCUGCGGCAACCUUCAAUCCCUAUUAGGAAAGCUAGAUGUCGUCCAAAAAUUAAAUAUUACCUCAUGUAGACGGUUGGAGUCACUGGAAUCUUGCGUAGGAGAGCUCCGAUCUCUGGAAGAACUCAGGCUUCUUCAUUGCAGAAGCCUGGUGUCCUUACCGGAUGGGCCUCAAGCAUACUCAUCUCUUAGAGUUCUUCAGAUUCAAGAUUGUGAUGGUAUAAAGUUGCUUCCGCGGAGCCUACGGAGCCGUUUGGAUUGCCUCGAGGAGAAACAUCUAGAUGCCCGUUACGAAGAAACGACUUGGAAACGUGCAAUUAGGACGCUGGCGUGCUCGAAAUAGCAGAUUGAGGACCUAAUAAAGAAAGUUACCAUCAGUUUUUCUUUUUGAGGGGAUAUCACCAAGGAUCGUUAUUACCAGACCUGUGACCGUGGUAGAAGGUAUAACAUACAUUUACUGAAGAUAAUCUCCAGUGAACUCCAUCGGAAGUCCAAGAUUUUAAGCAGCAAACAAGUCCCAGAACGCAAGCUGAAGAAUUUAGCACAUGGAGCUCCGUACUCGAGUCCUUUAUCCUUCUGCAAGCUGAAGUCCUUUAUUUUGAGCAGAAAAACAAGUCCCAGAGUUCAAUCCGAAGAAUUAUAGAAUACCGAGCUCCAUGAUCCAGCUUUUUAUCCUUCUCUUUUCUUUUGAACUGUGACGUGUUUGAAUUCGUGCCUGCUCCAGCACAAGCGAAACACAGCUAGGGCUUCCAUUUCGUGAUGUGCUUUUUCUACAUGACUGCAGAAGAUAAUUGCCAAAUCAAUAGUCGAACAUGUUCAUGUUGUUGUUCGACAGGCUGUUGUUUAAGCUGCUGCUUGAUAUGCACUGAAAGUGCUGAACUUUGUCCCAA